AUGGUUGCGUGGGCAUCGGUGGUGGCCCUUGUGUUUCACAAGUUAUCCAUGGAUUUGCGUUUGGAACUGGCAGGUCUUACUGAGUUGCAGCUGGCAGACAUCUUGGUCGCCGGGCGGCUAUCCAAGACCUCGGAUGACAGCACUGGGGUUCGGAAUCCAGUGACGCCUAUGAGUUACGCAGAGAGUUUGUUUUUCUUGCGGCACUUCUUGACUCUUCCUUGGAAGAAAUCUCCGCUGGAGUUGGGGGCAUCUCCAAAAUCAUAUACCAUCCAUGGCCUCAAAUCAACAUUGAUUUCAUGGGCCACUCAGUUGGACCUUCCUGAUGAGCACAAACGUUUGCAAGGGAAGCAUCAGUCAAGAAACUCGUCAACUCGCCUUUACAGCAGAGACGACGUGCAUGGUGCCCUGAAACUUCAACAGGCCAUUGUCAAAGCGGUGCAUGAAGGCUGGAAGCCGGUCACUCCUUUGGCAAGGGGUGGUCAGUUGCCGUUGGUAGAGCCAGCUGUCCAGUUGGAAAGGUUCAACAAACAAGCUCGUGGGCAUACUUGGCAAUUUCUUCGGUUUCAGGGUCAUGUCAUUGAGGUCCAAGAGGACGAGGCUGUUCAGGUGCAGGAUGAAGUGCAGGAGGUGGUGGCGUCAUCCUCCUCUGACUCCGAUACGAGUUCGUCGAGCUCGUCGGAAUCUUCAGUUUCAGAGCAUCAGAAACGUGACAAACGGCAGACUGAUCCAAUCAUUGCGGAUGAAGUUAUGAGUGCGUUGCACCGCAAUACUUGGCAUGUCAUGAUGGGCAAGUCAUCCCGUGGGGAUACAGACGUCAUUCAGACUGCAUGUGGUCGCUUUUUUGAUGUUGCACAACUCAAAGCGGUUCAGGAGCUGGAGAUCACAGGAUCACAAACCCUGUGCGGGCAUCCUGGCUGUCGCAAAGGCUGGUUGGCCGUUGGGGCCCAAUGA